CUCUAAAACUUGGUGUGAUGGAGAUGGUAGAACACGAGACAAAUUGAAGUGCUUCACUUGAAAAUAUCAGUUUGCCGCCACUAUCAAACUUCGCAUAGCUCUCUCUAUGGAAACCGUUGACGCCAUCCUGACCUCCGGUGACCGCAAUAAACCCAAUACGUUCGAAACGUGGAUUCAAAGUAGAGUGCUACAGCGUCCAAUUUUCUGGUGGAUAGUUUCUAUUGUUGGAGUUGCUGUUGGAUUAAUAGGUUUUGGUCUAAGCUCCAACUUGAAGCAUCUAUUGGGAGACCCAAAACCAUGGAAAAACGUUGGGUACACUCUUUUCUGUGUUACCGUUUUUGUUUUGGUAAUUGUCCUUCAUCAGUUGAAAGGUUCAAAAAAGGUGCUACCUUUUCGUCGCCAAUUCAAAGCGUGUGGUGUAUUCCUGGCCCUGUUGGUGAUCAUUAUCUACACCUUCUUUUCCAGAAGAGGGGAAGAACAAGAACAACAAUGGAAAGGACACAAUGAUACACCAAAUAACAUACAAGUUGCUGGUAUAGUAUCCCUUGUUGGUUUUGCUGUGAUGGCUUUUGCUCUAUCAAUACAGACUAACUAUGGAUUUAUUGGAGAACUUAUGAAAUUCUUUUUGGAAGAACUUGUGGUGGAGCUCACAAAGAUAAGAUGGUGGUUCGGUUUCUUUGGAGCUCUCUUCAGUUUUCUUCUCAUCAUUCUCCGUUCAUGUAAAGAUAAACAUGCCGAAGGAGAUGUGCAUCAAGAUCCAAUUAACAACACUACUCCCCUCCAAGAUAUUAGAACGGAUUCUUUGUCUACUGUACGUCCAACUCAAAAUCUCUUCACCCUUGCGCUACAAAAUCUUAAUGAGAAGGAUUUGGAAGUUUCCCAAAAUUUACGGCGUCAUUUGAUUGGCUACAUCAACUAUUGGAGUGACCAGAUUCCAGAGGGAAUAAUGCAAGACCAAAACUUCAUUAAGGACAGGAUUCUGCCAGAAGUUGAGACUCUUCACUUAAUAGUGAAUCAGAUGACAUCAAGGGACAAUUUUGAAAUGGACAAUUGGUUGGCGACAAUGUACUUUAGAAGUCGAAAACAAUUCCUGCGGAAGUGCGAAUCCGAGCUGAAACCCGACAACUCGACGGCCCAGGUGAGUAGGAUCAAGAAUUGGAUUAAAUAUUGCAACAUAGUAUUAAAGAUACUAAUUCCCAACGAACGGAUACUCUGUCAACAAGUCUUUGGCGAAUUCUCUCCCAUCUCCAGCAAGUGUUUUGAGCAGCUUUGCUUACAAGUCAAACAAGAUUUGCUCAGUUUCAUUCAAGGUAUCCCUGAACUGAUGAGUUCUGAAAUUGUCCUGGUGUUCAGAAUAGUAUGUGACUUAAUUGUUCCAGAGUUCCGUUCACUGUUUACUCGUAAUCUAGAAAUGACCAUCGAAAUGUUUGAUCUCACAAAAAAACUAGGAGAAGCAACCAGAGAUUACUAUUUCAGGGAUGACGAUUUUCCUCCCGAAAUUGAAAACUCUCAUUACUGUGAGCCUCAUCCAAUUACCAUCCAAGUAUUGAAUCGCCUCGAUAUUGCUUUCAAAGACAGGGACAUCAUUGAACCACUCCUCAAAACAUACCCCAAUUCCAAAGUUCAAGUUCGGGAGGAAUGGUCUUUGAUUUCACACUAUAUAGAUUGGAAUAUCAACAAACUUGAGGCCUCCUUAGAAUCCACGUUGAAGAAGACCUACAUUUAUGAAUUGCAAGGAGUGUCUAUCAUGGCUAAUGUUAACUACAUAUUAAAGAAGGCUUACGAAUUUGGAUUUGAAUUAACUAAGAAAGAUGGUUGGCUCAAAGAACAAGCGUCCAAAAUUCAACAGUGCUUUGAACAAUAUUAUCGGGAGAAUCCGACUGAAUUGUUGGCCUUUUUCAAGCAGCAUAAUGUGAGAGUCACGGAACAUUCAAUGAGGGAGAUGCUAAGGUUGUUCAAUUUUAACCAUUUACUUGAGAAACAAUCCUAUAGUUAUCAAGGAGAGCUAAUACUUUUAGUGAACAAGGGAUUUGUCCCAAAUUGUGAAAAUUUCCUUGACAGAUUUCGUACUUUACUAAAUGGCAAUGAGGACACACACCAGACAUAUAUACCAACUAUUGAAGAUGAAAUUGAAGAUGAUGUUGCUUGGAGAUAGCCAUAGCAUUCGAGGAGCAUUUCUAUGUUUGUGGAACAUUAUUAUUUGUCUUUCGUUUUGCGUACGUGUUUAUUACUUGAUGAAUGAUGGAGGC